AUGCCGUCCUCGUUGGCUUCUGCGCCUGCUACGACCACGCCGCCCGGAGGCAUCACCAAACUCAUUCCACAGGAGGAGAUGCGGCGGCUAGCAACUAUAUACUUCGAGAAGGUGGACCCGUGCUAUGCAUUUCUGGAUCGCAAGGUGGUGUUUACUCGGAUCGCAAAGCGCUGGGAGCUCUUGCAAUCCCACACCGACUCUACGGAAAGCCCGUACGAUGCCGUUCUAUGUGGCGUGGCUGCUUUUGGAUAUCUAUUCUCGCGGCGGGAGAUCAUACCCCUUGAACUGCAUCUGGUUGAGAAAGCGCGAAAUCUUCUAGAAAGAAGUGUUCUCACCGCUGAAAUGCCAUCGGUUGACACAAUAGCAGGCUGGGUGUUACGCGCCGCAUAUCUCCGCAUGACAGCCUCACCACAUGCAGCAUGGAUGGCCAGCUGCACACUAAUGCAUUUGAUCGAAGCCGCAGGCUUGCAUCUCGAGACCCCAGAUCCAGAUACGGCAGGUCUCCUGCCCGCCUCGCCCACCGACACACAGGAUAGCACCGAAGUACAGAGUGGGGACCGUCCAAGUGAUCCCGAAACACGACGUAGACUCUUCGGCAUGGCCCGUCAUCUGAACACAUGGAUUUCAUUUGACCUAGGCCGGUCUCGCGUAAUCCUACACGGCGCCACUACUCUCUCACCCACAGCACCAGCCUCUCGCAACCCCCCGACACAAGCACCAGCCCGAGUGUCCCGUGCCGACCUAUUCCAUCUCCUCCCGCUCUCCGAAAGCCUAGAUCCAACCGGCCCAUCUCCUCAAGACCUACCAGAGCUCGAACAUGCCCUCACAUCCGUCCUCGACCUCAUCUACUCCGAGCCAUCCCUAAUCCUUGUCCAGUGUAAUUUAAUGCUCUGCAUUUACAGACGUCUGCGCGCUCUCAAUCCACACGGACCCCUCUCAUCCGACCUCCUCGAACGUGUCCUUGCACUCGCCGGCCGCGGCCUCCGCGCAGCACGGGGAAUGGUCGCCUCCACGUGCCCCUGGCACCAAGUGGCCAAUGUUCCUUUCCAAGUCGUCUGUUCCCUAUUAGCAAUCGACAAUCGAGCAGCUUUAGCACUGCUGACUGACGCAAUGCGAACUCUACGUGAAGUUCUUGCUGCUUAUGACACAUCUUCUAUGCGGGAGGCAUACUCGACUGCCUAUUUGCUCAUCGCACUACACCAACGGAGAAAGGAAGAUGACACUCGCGCCCUUGCAGAGGUCUUGCGUUUGAAUUCGGCAGCGGCAGCACCGGUUCAAGAUCUGGAUAAGCCGAUUGUCGACUCACGGCCCACGGUGGAGGCUUCGGGCCACAAUAGGGUACAGGCGCAGGCCCCGGAUGAAGUGGCACCGGUUUCUGAUACGGAGUUCUCGUGGCUUGGGGAUCUCAUGAUUGAUAUGCCCAGUCUACAAAACUUUGACUUGGAUCAGUUCUUGAUGACUGAUGUUCCAUGGCCGCUGCCUGAAAUGGGAAUCUAA